AUGGCUUGGUUGCUCGACAUGGACGAGAUGAUCAAGUCCCGGCUGGUGCACGACUUCGACGCCAGCCUCUUGGACAUCGGGCAGGAGGUGAGCGCCGACGCCUACAGCAUGAGCGAUGUCCUGGCGUUGCCCAUCUUCAGGCCGGACGACCCCAGCCUUCCGCAGGCGGGGGAAGCCAAACGCCCACCGUUUCAGUACGUGAUGGGUGCGCCCACGUCGGCCGCGGUUAAGCUGCAUGACGAAACGCUCACUUACCUGAACCAAGGUCAGUCUUACGAAAUCCGGAUGCUGGAUAAUCGGCAAAUGGGACAGAUGCCUGAGAUCACUGGGAAAUUGCUGAAGAGCAUCGUGAGAGUCGUCUUCCAUGACCGACGGCUACAGUUUACGGAGCAUCAGCAACUUGAAGGCUGGCGGUGGAAUCGUCCAGGAGACAGACUUCUCGGUUUAGAUAUCCCGCUGUCCGUGGGAAUAACGGACACAAAGACGAUUCCAAACCAGCUAAAUGCGGUUGAAUUCCUGUGGAACCCUGCGAAGCGCACAUCCGCCUUCAUCCAGGUGCACUGCAUCAGCACGGAAUUCACCCCGCGGAAGCACGGGGGCGAGCGGGGGGUGCCCUUCAGGAUCCAGGUCGACACUUUCAAGCAGAAUGAAAAUGGAGACUACACCGACCACGUCCACUCCGCCAGCUGCCAAAUCAAAGUUUUUAAGCCUAAAGGGGCAGACCGAAGACAUAAAACUGACCGAGAGAAGAUGGAGAAGAGAACGGCGAAUGAAAAAGAAAAGUAUCAGCAGUCCUACGACACCACCAUCCUCACCGAGUGUUCCCCGUGGCCCGAUGUCCCCACAAGCCCCGUGAGUAACAGUCUGCCCGCGGCGCCCACCCCCACCCUCCCCCCGCAGGGCACCUGCGGCUUGGCCGGUAGCGAUCCCAUCCCGGGCCAGCAGGUUGCUGGGGCCUCGCAGGCCCCGGGUGAUGCCCUUCAGCCUUCAGCCACCAUCCAGGAAACACAAGAGUGGCUGCUCAGAAACAGAUUCUCUCCCUACAGAACACUUUUUUCCAGUUUUUCAGGUGCAGACUUACUGAAAUUGACAAAGGAGGAUUUGGCACAAAUUUGUGGUGCAGCCGACGGCAUUCGACUCUAUAAUUCACUGAAGUCAAAGUCCGUGAAGCCCCGUUUAACCAUCUAUGUGUGCCAGGAGCAGCCCAGCACCAUCCCAUUGCCAGGGCAGCAGCUGGCUUCAGGCUUUGGAAGCUUCCCCUUCAGUGGGGCACCCUACAUUUAUCAUGCAAUCUACUUGGAAGAAAUGGUCGCCUCCGAAGUCGCUCAGAAACUUGCAUUGCUGUUUAAUAUUCCUUUCCACCAAAUCGGCCAGAUUUACAGACAGGGUCCCACUGGUAUUUUCGUUCUUGUUAGCGAUCAGAUGGUUCAGCACUUUGAAGAUGAGAGUUGCUUUUUACUCUCUGCAGUACAAGCUGAAAAUGGUAAUGGUAUCCACAUAAUUUUGAAGUGAUGUCUUCCUGGUUUGAACUUUAUUCAGCACCAAAUAAAGUCACAUUUAAAAGUGAGUAAAGACUGAAUCCAAGACGUCUCAGGAUCACAUUUUUUUAUUGUGUAAAUGUUCCAUGUUGAAAACACAAGUUGACCUUUCUAGUGAGCUGUCUGGGAGGUGAAUCUUCUCUGUCACUUGCCAAGUAUCCACUAGUGAGCCCGAGCUUGUUCAGACAGCACUGCCUACUUCUUAGGGCCGCCGUGCAGGUGGGCCU